CGGACGUGACGCAGAGCUCAGCAGGUCCUGCCGCCCGGCUGAAGUGCGGGCUCGGGCCCCAUGUGCCUUCAGUCCCCGCCGGCCCAGGUCGCCGGCUUCUGCAGACCUCAGGGGACCGCAGCGGCAGCGCCGCGCCUGCGCCCUGAGCGGAGUCAUGUCCGGUAACGGCAGCGCGGCUGCAACCGCGGAAGAAAACGGCUCAAAGAUGAGGGUGAUUCGUGUGGGGACCCGUAAGAGCCAGCUGGCUCGAAUACAGACCGACACUGUGGUGGCGAUGCUGAAAACUUUGCACCCUGGCAUGCAGUUUGAAAUCAUUGCUAUGUCUACCACAGGGGACAAGAUUCUUGAUACUGCACUCUCUAAGAUUGGAGAGAAAAGUCUGUUUACCAAGGAGCUAGAAUACGCCCUGGAGAAAAAUGAAGUGGACCUGGUUGUUCACUCGCUGAAGGAUGUGCCUACUAUACUACCUCCUGGCUUCACCAUUGGAGCCAUCUGCAAACGGGAAAAUCCUUGUGAUGCUGUUGUCUUUCACCCAAAAUUUAUUGGAAAAACCCUAGAAACCUUGCCAGAGAAAAGUGCAGUGGGAACCAGCUCCCUGAGGAGAGUGGCCCAGCUGCAGAGAAAAUUUCCACAUCUGGAAUUCAAGAGUAUCCGGGGAAACCUCAACACCCGGCUAAGGAAGCUAGAUGAGCAGCAGGACUUCAGUGCGAUUAUCCUGGCUGUGGCUGGCCUACAGCGCAUGGGCUGGCAGAACCGGGUGGGGCAGAUCUUGCAUCCAGAGGAAUGUAUGUAUGCUGUGGGUCAGGGAGCCCUAGCGGUGGAAGUCCGAGCCAAGGACCAGGAUAUCUUGGAACUAGUGAGUGUGUUGCAUGAUCCUGAGACUGUGCUUCGCUGCAUUGCUGAACGGGCAUUUCUGAGGCAUCUGGAAGGAGGCUGCAGCGUGCCAGUAGCAGUACAUACAAUAAUGAGUGAUGGGCAGCUGUACCUAACUGGAGGAGUGUGGAGUCUAGAUGGCUCAGACAGCAUGCAAGAGACCAUGCAGGCUACCAUCCAGGUCCCUGUUCAGCAUGAAGAUGGUCCAGAGGAUGACCCCCAGCUUGUUGGAAUCACUGCCCGAAACAUUCCAAGAGGGGCCCAGCUGGCUGCUGAGAACCUGGGCAUCAGCCUGGCCAGCUUGCUGCUUAACAAAGGAGCCAAGAAUAUCCUGGAUGUUGCACGGCAGCUUAAUGAUGUGCACUAACUGGUCUGUAGGAUACAGGAAACCUGCUGCCACUUUCUAGUGCCUACAUCUGGCUUUCAAGUGCCCUGUGCUCCCUAACUUGGAAAGGAGUGACUAGCCCAGGAGAUUGAACCACAGGGUGUUGACACUUCCAGAGACAUGCCUCACCUUGGGGCCUUGAUGACUGCCUUUUCUCCUCAGUGGUUGGGGCUUCAUCUCUUUAGAAAAAGUCCACACCAAUAUCGAAUGUAACCAAUGCCACUAAUAAUUAAACCAGUUCUGAAUGUGGUUGUUUUGGUGGAGUUGGGGAAUAAACACAAAGCCCAUUUAAACCCGAA